UGUUGCGGCCAUAAGAACGUUUAUGUCAGAGGAGAAAUAGCCUAUGCAUAGCAUACACUGUUAAAAUGGACCUCCAGCAGAAGAUUCGUAGUUGGGGCUGGAUUUAUCCCACUGCAAUCCUCUGUUUGUACGGGUUCUUUGCCAACUGUAGGCCAGCGGAACCUUUUUUGACUCCGUAUCUGGUGGGCCCCAAGAACAUCUCAGAGGAAGUGGUGACCAACUACCUCUUCCCCAUCUGGACCUACUCCUACUUGGCUCUGCUCUGCCCAGUGUUCAUCCUGACAGACCUACUGCGCUACAAGCCUCUGAUCAUGCUGCAAGGUGCUGCGCUGGUCUGCAACUAUUGCCUGCUGUGCUUCUCAGACAGCCUGGCGGCCAUGACAGCGCUGCAGUUCACCUACGCUGUGGUGACCUCCACCGAGGUGGCCUACUUCUCGUCAAUCUACUGCCUGGUCCCUCCUGAGCGCUUCCAGCAGGCCACUGGCUACCUCCGUGCCGCCAUGCUCACUGGGUACACUUUUGGUGCCACCCUCAGCCAGCUGCUGGUGUCCCUUGUGGGCACCAGUCUGUUCCACAUCAAUGCCAUUACACUGGGCACAGUGAGCGUCUCUUUACUGGUGUCCCUGGCCAUACCCAUGCCCCAGCGAGGGAUGUUCUUCAAGGGGGCAGAGGCGGAGGAAGACGACCAGGAGAGGGAGGCUGAGGAAAAGGCGUCAGGAAGAGAAGUGGAGAAGAGAGGCUGUUGCCUCGGCAGCUUGGUGGCAGGAUGGAAGGUGGCCAAACAGAUCAAGGCAGCCAUUUGGGAGGCAUACAGCUCAGGCCAAGUGGUCUGCUGGUCCCUGUGGUGGGCGUUAGCUUCGUCUGCCUACACACAGGUGUUCAACUACGUGCAGCUGAUGUGGGACCAUGUGGAGCCGUCCAGCACAACGGCCAUCUACAACGGCGGGGUGGAGGCCGUCUGCACUCUAGUAGGUGCGGCAGCAGCUUUCGGGGUGGGGCACGUCCGCGUGUCGUGGAGCCGGUGGGGGGAGCUGUGUCUGGGCGUGUUCUCGGCGGUGGGGGCCGGAGCCGUGUUCCUGAUGGCGUUCGCCAGCAACAUCUGGCUGUGCUACGCCGGCUACGUGAUCUUCAAGGCGUCCUACAUGCUGCUCAUCACCAUCACGACUUUCCAGAUUGCUGCCAACCUGUCCAUGGAGUGCUACGCUCUGACCUUUGGCAUCAACACCCUUGUCGCUCUCAUCCUGCAGACUUUAAUCACGCUGAUUGUUGUGGACGAGAACGUUCUGGGAUUGGAUAUUGUUACACAGUUCAUCGUCUAUGGGAGCUACUACACUGCCAUCUCCACAGUGUUUUUCAUCAGAGGACUAUACACUGCCUGCAGGCAUCACAGCAGACCCUCACAAGAGGCCUUGCCCUCUCAGAGGCUGUGA